AUGGUGACGAAUACUUUCUGGAUUUUUACACCGUCUUACGACGCAAAGGAGUUUUCAACCUUUGACGCGCAUCAUUUUCAACGCUGUAUGUCGUCAUCACCAAAUGGUCCUAAAUCUCUGAAUGUGACAUCUAGGAGUGAACAGAAUUCUUACGCUUACGAGAGAUCGAUCUGCCAGGAUGAAAGGAAGAUUAAGGUAAUACGUGCUUACUAUGGCAUGAAGAAGGCGUUUAAAUGUGGAUUUGGGUUGGACACAAACUGUGAAGCUAAAGGAUCUGAGGCUAAGAUAAAGGAAGCUUGCGACGGGAAAAACACGUGCAAACUUCAUGCCUCAAAUGAUGUGUUCGGAAAUCCUUGUCCAACGUGGUCUUCCAAGUACAUUCAAGUCAAAUACCAGUGUGCCUAA